AUUAUAAAUAAAAAAUAGACAUGCAUGAGAAGAUAUAAAAUAAAACGGAAAUGAUUCAAGGCAUUUGUGGAACAUGGUUGUUUUGUAACGUGCAUGUUUUGGAAUCAUGUUUAAUGCAUAGAACAGUGACCAAGAUUCUGCCCUUCUAAACAAAAGGACGUUUUUACGAACUAUUUUAACACAAAACGACGCAGUACGACGAUUUUUUCGAAACGUAACAUAACAGUGUAAAAAGCUUGUGCCACAUUUUAAAUCAACAUCGUUAUACAUAAAGAUGAGACACAACAUUCUUAAAAAUUGCACUCGUUCACUAUGUACCGUGCAACACAAACCUCAAGUAUGCAUUGUUGGUGCAGGUCCGGCGGGUUUUUACGCAGCUCAACAGUUACUAAAGGAUUCAAACGACGUCAAAAUCAGCAUACUGGACAAAUUACCCAUUCCUUUUGGGCUGAUACGUUACGGGGUUGCUCCAGAUCAUCCAGAAGUGAAGAAUGUCCUCAAUACAUUUAACAAAAUUGCGACCAAUCCACGUGUUGAAUUCUUAGGCAAUGUUAAUGUUGGCAAGGAUGUUGCCGUACAUCACUUGCAAAAGUUCUAUGAUGCUGUAUUACUGACUUAUGGCGCUCAAGAAGAUCGAUUGCUCAAUGUACCUGGUGAAAAUUUAAACAAUGUUAUAUCAGCCCGACGUUUUGUUGGUUGGUACAAUGGAAUGCCAGAAGAUAAAGAUCUAAAGGUUAACUUAGAUGUAGAAGAGGCAGUUAUCAUAGGUCAAGGUAAUGUAGCAAUAGACGUUGCAAGGAUUCUUUUAUCGCCGAUUGACAAGCUCAAGAGCACCGACAUUACGUCAUACGCCUUGGAAGUCUUGUGCAAUAGUAGAGUGCGAAAAGUCUUCAUGGUCGGACGAAGAGGACCCUUGCAGGCUGCAUUUACGACCGCAGAAUUACGCGAGAUUCUUAAACUGGAAAGCUGCAAAACUUUUUGGCGAAAUCAAGAUUUUGAAAACAUACAGACAAUUGUGCCGACCUUAGAUAGACCUAGAAAACGAUUAACGGAGCUCAUGCUGAAGUCUUUAAACGAAUCCAAGAACGAUUCGGAGCACGCAAAAGAACUGCAUCCGAUCUUCUUACGUAGUCCCGUCGAGUUUCAAGGUGACAGCAAAUUAGACAGCGUCAGAUUUGCUGUCAAUUGUUUGCGAGGAGAGACGAUACAAGAUCAGACAGCCGAAAUGACUAACGAAUUUGAGAUAAUCCCUUGUGGUCUGGCUCUGCGCAGCAUCGGUUAUAGAUCCAUUCAAAUAGAUAGCUCGAUACCGUUUAACUCAAAGAAAGGAUGUGUAGAGAAUAUUAAUGGAAAGAUUGAAGGAAAUCUCUAUACUGCAGGAUGGGCAGCGACUGGUCCAACCGGCGUCCUUUUGACGACCAUGACAAACGCUUUCCGAGUUGCUAGAUUGAUAUACAAUGAAUUACCCUCAAACAUAAAAGAGAGCGAUGGUAUAGAUGGUCUUCGCGACUUCAUAAAAUCAGAUAAGAAUUGGAUUCAGACUGUAUCUUACCAAGACUGGCAGAAGAUUGAUCGCGUUGAACAAGAGCGCGGUAAGGAGCGGGGAAAAGUACGGGAAAAGAUAGUCAAUGUGCAAGAAAUGCUGGACAUCGCUGCGAACUGAAUUACAUGAAGAAUUAUGUUUAAAAAGUGUUUGAAAAAUUUAUACACAUAUAUAGGCGAAGGAUUGAUUUAAUUAACUCAAACUUUUUUCUCAAAACUUGAAGAGAAUUAAUUUAAAAUUAUUCUUCAUAUUAGAAAAUUUAUUUUUUCCCAGAAAUCUUUUAAUAAGCUUGAUAAAACUACUGUGUCAUAUCUGUUCAAUUGACAAACUUGAUUGCUGUAAAUGGCUAUAUAUAUAUAAAUAUAUAUAACAAAAUAUAUUUUUAUCGAUGAUUUUUUGUAUAUAUUAUACAAUAAUAUAAAUAUUCGUAUCAGAUUAUAUCUGAUUGAAGAAGUUUUAGGACAUAAGAGUAAUUAGUAAAGAAUCUUGUUUAUAGAUAUGGUUUUUUAAAACGAUUGUUUUAUUGCUACGUAUUAUCAUAUUUGUAUUAUCAUAAUUAUAAAUGCAAAGUUGAAUAAAUUUCAAUUUUAUAUAUGUACAUAUAAAA